AUGGCGACGAAUCUUUUCACGCUUCCUAAAGUUCUUCUCAUGGGACUUCGCAAGUCUGGGAAAAGCAGCAUUCAAAAAGUUGUAUUUGAAGGUAUGCAGCCGCAUGAUUCUGUGAACUUGCCAACAACAGUACAGGCAGAGAGGAGUACCGUACACUCUAAUGAUUUUGUGAACUUUGAAGUGUGGGAUUUUCCAGGUCAAUGUAAUCCAUUUGAUCCUAGUAAUGCUAGUUGUUAUGAUGGAUGUCAGCUCCUUGAUAACUGUGGAGCAAUUGUUUUUGUAAUGGAUUGUCGUGAUAUGAUUGAAGAUGCACGGGCGCGAUUACUCGAUACGAUUUGUGCCGUUUAUGAAUAUAAUCCAAAUCUUUCUAUUGAAGUUUUUAUUCAUAAAGUAGAUGCACUCAGUGAAGAUCAUCAGACAGAUCUUCUUACUAGUUUACAACGUCGAGUUGAUGCAGAGGCAAAACAACGAUUAGAAAAUACCGCACCUCUGCAAUUAAAUUUUAAUCUUACUUCUAUUUAUGAUCAUUCAGUUUUUCAAGCUUUUUCACUGGUUGUACAAAAGUUGAUGAGAUUGCAAUCUCCAUAUAUUACAGAACUCUUACAGAUGCUAAAUAGUAAUAGUAACGUGGAUCUUUCUUAUCUUUUUCUUAGUAAAUCUAAAAUAUUUCUUGCUGUGGAUGAACGAAAUCGAGCCAAGUCGCGUACCUAUGAUUUAUGUAGUGAUGCCAUUGAAGUCAUGGUGAAAAUGAAUAAAAUUUAUCAAAGUAACAAGAAAGAUGAAAAUACUGAAAAAAAUGGAAUUCUGUCUAAAGAAGGAAGUGAAGAACGACCACGAUUGAAAAGUGUUGAAGCAGCUGUAGGUGAAGGUGCCAAUACUAUUAUUAAGCUUAGUAGCGAUGAUUACAUAUAUGUUAAGGAACUUCCUAACUCGCUUACUGUGGUUCUUAUGGCAAAGGAUGAGUUUUUGCAGAAUAGGACACUUAUUGAUCAUAAUAUUUCUGUUUUUUAUAAAGCAGUAGUUGAAAUAUUUUCUGCGGCAGCUGGACAAUAA